CAUGGUACUUGCUAAUUGUCAUUUUAGGAUAUUUACAUUCCUGUCCAUAACUAAUUUGUCACUCGUUUCAGUUCUGAAUACAAGAUGAUGAUAGAUAGCUAUGCAGAUGUUCAAAGAGGUGGGGGUCAAGGAAACAGCUAAAAUACUUGGGAAUGGUAACUUAUAGGGGAUUUGUAAAUUUCACUCUCUAUAUAUUCAAAUGUAAACUUAAUUAAAUAUCGAGGAGUCCAAAUCCAAACUCUUAUUUUUCCAUACUGACUCCGGUUCGCCCUUCACUAAUCCAACCCGUGGAUCUCAUAUAGUGUUUACUUUCAUGCACAAAGGAACUUUAUAGUAUUCUUUUUAAUUAAAACGAGGCCUAAUUCACUGAAGAAUUCUUCAAAAGACCCCCAUGUGGCUACUUUAGCGGCCCAAGCAAUCGGUUUCGAACCGGUCCGGUCCGAGUCAUAAAAGUUUCGGCUCUCCGAAACAUUAAUUGUAGUCUCUCCACCGCUCCCGCUUUCAACGCUUAAACCCAAAGCAAACGCCCCCUUUUGUGUCAUUCCAUUCCAUCCGCAUCCUCUCCUCCUCCUCCACGCCUCUUCAGCCUUCACUCGGGUUCUGUUUUCCUCUUCCGCUUCCCGCUUUCAUCGAGGAUUUCCAUCAUAGUUCCUACGAGAAUCAGUAAAUUGAUGGAUAAUGAGCUUCAAGAUUUACCUUUCUAGGUUAUCUUUGGUUUCGCUGUUCAGUUCUUAGAGGACCAAGGUUUAUACUUUGCUUGAGGCGUCUAAGAUGCCAGCGCAUUUUCCAAGCAAACUUUUUCGAUUCUCCGUUGAGCUUCUGUACAGGCAGAGACACUCGGGCUUGUUUCAAUCACAUUCAUUCUCCAGUCUUGUUGACUGCAUUCGAGCUUUUUCCAGUAAUGAUCGCCCGACAGCAGAGUCUAUUGUUGGAACAUUCUACCGCAUGGUUUCUGUUCCUUCUUUGACUGGUGCGUCUUGGUACUCUUGCAUACAUAACGUCGGUAGGCUGGUUUCCGAGUCCACUCGAAGUUCGUCUUGUGUCCUAUUUGAGAGGAAUAUGGCAUUUUCUUGCAAUUCUUUACCUGGUGGAGCUGAAUGGGUUACACAUCAUCAGAAUUGGAAAAUGCUUGGUUCUUUCUUGAGUUUUGAUGCUUAUUUUUCACAUGGAAACUUUGAUUACUGCAGUAGAUCAUGCAAGACUCUGAGAAUUCAGGAACUUUCAAAUUCUACUGCAGUUUACAGGCAUAUCUGGUCCAGUGCAAUCGGUGAAAGCUUUAAUCUUUUUUCACCAAAUGGCAUUAAGGUGUUAUCUUCAUCAUUCUUCACAUCAUUUUCUACUGGAGCAGCUUCUGACAUGUCUCUUGGUGGGUCUCCACAAGAAGAGCAACUUGAUAAUUCUUCAAGCUCAUCUGAUUCUGACCAGAAAAAGCCGAGUAACAGAGCAUUGAAACUGCUGUCCGGAUCUUGUUAUCUGCCACACCCAGAUAAGGAGGAAACAGGUGGUGAGGAUGCACAUUUUAUAUGGGAUGAGCAAGCUAUUGGUGUAGCAGAUGGUGUCGGUGGCUGGGCUGAUCAUGGUGUUGAUGCAGGACAAUAUUCUAGAGCACUUAUGUCACAUGCAUCAGAUGCAAUUGAAGAAGAGUCUAAAGGGUCCAUUGAUCCGUUAAGGGUGUUGGAGAAAGCUUAUCUAAGAACUAAAGCUCAAGGAUCAUCAACAGCUUGCAUCAUUGCUCUAACUGAUCAGGUGUUCACUUUCCCAGUCGAAUCAGGCGAUGUGAUCGUUGCAGGGACAGAUGGACUCUUUGAUAACUUGUACAACAGCGAUAUCACCGCUGUUGUCGUUCACGGCAUUAGAGCUGGUUUAGGACCUCAAGUGAUGGCCCAGAAGAUAGCUGCAUUAGCUCGCCAACGAGCCCAGGAUAAGAACAGGCAAACACCCUUCUCGACUUCUGCCCAAGAAGCCGGCUACCGCUACUAUGGAGGCAAGCUCGAUGACAUCACCGUCGUCGUCUCCUACAUCACUGCCUUCGGCAAUUAGAACUCAUUGCGCCUUUGUACAUAAUCCGUUCAGCAUCAUGGCAAGGCAUGUGAUGGUCACUUUCUUUUAGGUCUCAGUUACAUGUUGAUGAGAAGAAAUGUGAGACUCAUAGCAACCAUCUCUACCAGCUAGCGUAUGUUUUCUGCUUCUGAGUUAUUACUCGUAAAGAACU